UGGCCGCGGUGCGGAAGUCGUCAACUUUCUUGCAGCUCGAGCAAAAAACUUCCGACUUCCGAAGUGAAAAACAAACAUACAGCUAAAUUCUGCUAGCUAAGCAUCACGGAAGCUAUAAGUGUUUAUCGCUAUAUUGUGGAUCUCUCAGACUAAGACAAGGGCUCUUGAGAUAUAUGUGAGUUAUCUGGCUCAACUGCCCAGUUUUACCUGUGUUGGCCUCUCCAUUGAGGAUGACAAUGGAAGAGAUGAAGAAUGAAGCUGAGACAAAUUCGAUAGUUUCUAUGACUUUAUAUGCAGUCAUGUACCCGGUCUUCAACGAGUUGGGGAGAAUAAACCCGUCAGCGGCACAGACGUUGCGGGCAGCAUUUAUAAAAGCAGAGAAAGAGAACCCAGGGCUCACACAGGACAUCAUCAUAAAGAUACUGGAGAAAAAGAAUGUAGAGAUCAACUUUACAGAGUCACUACUGCGCAUGGCAGCAGAUGAUGUGGAGGAGUACUUGAUUGUAAGACCAGAGCAGGAAUUUCACGACCUGAAUGAGAAAGCAAGAGCCCUCAAACAGAUCUUGAGCAGAAUCCCAGAUGAGAUCAACGACAGGGUGCGCUUUCUACAAACCAUAAAAGACAUAGCCAGUGCUAUAAAGGAACUGCUGGACACAGUCAACAAUGUGUUUAAGAAAUAUCAGUAUCAAAAUCGCAGGGCACUUGAACACCAAAAGAAAGAAUUUGUGAAGUACUCCAAAAGCUUCAGUGAUACGCUGAAAACGUACUUCAAAGAUGGAAAGGCAAUAAACGUCUUCAACAGUGCCAACAGGCUAAUCCACCAAACUAACUUGAUACUACAAACCUUCAAAACCGUCGCCUAAGAGACAAAAAAUUAGUGCUGUAUGCAGGGAUGUGAAAUUGAGAUGUAUGCGGGGAUGUGGAAGCAGUUAUAUGUAAUAUACAUUGUUUUCAUCUUUUAAACUAUAAUUUAUAAACUUUGCCUCAUUUGAAGGAACUUGGAAUGAGGAGUUCAAGACAAAAUGCUAUUUUUCCUCCUAUCUUAAUAAUCACGACUCUUCUUGACUUCAUUAUGUUCCAGUCACAUGAAAGCCAAAAGACUUUACGCCUUAAAGUGUCAUUCAGCAUUCCAUAUACGAACGUGUAAAUAUUGGUAUUCAUUCUUUUGACAUUCAGGCAUAAUGAAUGAGAAAUUUAAAUGAUGUAUUUAACAGAUAUUUGGUUAUAAAUGUUCAAUAAAUAGUUUCCAAAUGUU